UGUAAAUCACCAAAGCUGUAAUAUCACCGAGCCUUGUUUUUCUAGUACGCAGCAGACGCUCAACAGAGAUAGAGAAAUGUAUUCGGAAUUCAUAAGGAUGUAAGAAUAAAAAUGUGCAUCUUUAUCCAACGUUAAAGCAUAAGGAACGGAAAAGAAAGGAGUGGGUGAUUAUUUCAUUAUGUCUGCCAAUAACAACAUGAUGUCCAAGAAGAUCCGGACAGAGUACAUGAAGAAGUACAGAGAUCCCAAGUGGGAGACGUUCUCGAAAAGUUACGAGGACUCUGUGAAAUACAGACUGACGCGGAGGGUGAUGGAGCAGACACACAGGCCGUUAUUCGCGGACGGAUGGGACAGUGGGUCCGACUCGAGCGGAAGCUCCAGUCCCAAACUUCAGGAGGGGUACGUCUCAAAUGCCAAACACUACACAUCCUCCUCAGAGUCCAGGAAGGAGAACGCAGAGGUCCUGGACUCCUGGAAGCCACAGGUGAAUGGAGAAGUUCACACGGAUACGAGUGCAACCGUGGAAAGCUCUCUUCCCUUGGAGAAUGGUUAUAAAGAUGUGACUCCUAACGGACCAUCAGAAUCAAAUCCAAAACGACGACAGAUACGCAGAGUGCCCCGUUCAGAGCCCUGCUACCCUGAUAAGCAGCUGGAUAGUGAUGGAUCUCAAAUAUCUGUAUCGAGAAAACCAUCCAGGGCCAAGAGCCAGCCACCGAGGAGCACCAAGGAGCGGACGUCCAACCGUGAGAACAGACAGUCUUUUAUCCAUCGUGACUGGGCAGAGAGACACAUUGAGACCAGGGACAGAAGGACACCAAAUAUGAGAGUGUCUGUGUCCGCUGGAGAGAUCCAUCGGGCCGACGUGGGCGUCCAGACACGCAGAGAGGGUAAGAAAGGUGGACGAUCAUCAGAGCACCGGCGGGCGAGGUCAGCUGACCCGGAGAAGUCCCGAAGAUCAGCGCUGAGUGUGACGAACGAGCGCUGGAUGACCGAGUACAUGCGCUGCUUCUCUGCUCGACUGAGGUAGAUCAAGAUCCCAAACCAGCUCUACAGGACCGUCACAGAGAGCACCGGACAAAAACUGAAUACGGAGUUAACACGCAUUCCUUUAAAUUCGAUAACAAAUGCAGUUAUUCAUAAAAAUAUUUUUAAACAUCUUAUUUUUUUGAUGCUGGCUACAAUCACUUUGCAAUGAAUGCAUUUAAGGACCAAACAUUUAAAUAUUAGACCAAAACACCUUUGCUAUCACAAAUACUUUAAUAUUUUCAGUAUCUUGGAAUUUCAUGCUCAUGUUAUUGUCAGUGUUUGGUGGUUAUUAGAAAGUUUCAGAUAUUCUGGUCUGACUUUUAACAUGGGCUGCAGGGAUUUAAUGAUCAAAACUUACUUCUGAGAGGACCACACAUUUCUUAUUAAAAAGGAUUUGUUUCUGACUCGGAUGAUUGUUUCCAGAAUGUUCUUCUAGACGCUCCAGGCUGCCUGUCAUUAAACUCUUCUGAAUGUGAUCGACUGAUGUCUGGUUUGUUUUAAUCGAUCACACGCUCAAUGAAUCUGUGUUAGAAGUGCAGUGCUGUUCAAGUCGUGAAAUGUUUUCUAAAAAAAGUGUAUUUUCCUCACCGAGCACCUACAAUCAUCAUUUGAAUCCACUUUUUGCACAAAGAUGUCAAGUUAUUAAUAUUUUUAGAUGGAGAAAUAAUUGAGGGCUAGUUGAAGGCCAUCAUUUGAUUCUUGUGAAUGUGAUCAUUUAUUAUGCAUUGAGUAAUUUAUUAGAGCACAGAUUUGGUAUGAAAAUACACAUUUGCUCACAUGUACAGUAUAUAUAUUUUGCUUUUCUGUGAUAUUUAAGAUGCAUCAGCACUGAUGAUGUCAGAGACACAUUGAAUGAGCCGUGACGCUUUACUCGGGACAUUUCCUCUGCUCUUUAUCUUAAUAACUGGACUUAUUUAUUAAUUCAGUCAGUUAUUCACUUGCUUAUGAUUUCAUUAGCGGAAACUCAUUCUGUUUAAGGCUGCUGACGCUGAUGUUCUUGAAUGAAGUUGUUGAUUUUCUUCAGCAAUGUUUACAUUUUGAACUCUGUAUUUGUACAUGAGAACAUGCACUGGUGGAUAUAUUUUCAUCUGCAGAACAGAAAUAAUCCUAAUGCAUUGCAGUGAAUAAACUAUGUUUGAGUAACAGCA